AUGGAGUUUGUAUCAUUACUAGUGUUGCUUACAUCAUUUAUUAUUCUUGAUGGUCAUUAUUUUGUAUACUAUUCUGAUGAUCGAUAUGAAGCUAAUGCAACAUUUGAUUGUUUAUAUGCCUAUUCAGGAGAUCUAUCAGCAGAUACAACGUUAGUAUCUACUGAUGAUUACAGUUUGAUUCCUUAUUGUCGACGACUUGAUGGAACUGAACAGGAAGAAAAUUUCGCUACCAUAUCGUAUGAAAAUAUUUUAAAUAAUAUGACGUUUACUGAAUUGUAUCGACAAGGUAUAACAAGUACACAAUUACUCGCAUGGUCAGUACCAAUUGAUAUUGUCGAACGAUAUGAAAAAAACGGUCAAAAUUCGAAUGAAAUAUUUUAUAACUGUUCCUUACCAUGGUUUGGUUCAACGUGUCAGUAUAGAUUUGAAUCUGCUAUAUUACCUUCAUUUAAUGAAGUUCUUCAAUUCCAUUAUGGUACUAAUGGUAUACCUCAGAUAUACGUCUAUUCGAAUACAUGUUAUCCAUUUUUACCUGACUGUUACCGUGGUCCAUCAUCGAUGUGUCUUGAUUGGCAUGAAAUUUGUGAUGGAUAUUUUGAUUGUCUCAAUGGAGAAGAUGAGCAAUUAUGUGACACAUUAGAAGUAAAUGAAUGCUUUGAAGAUGAGUUUCGUUGUCACUUCGGUGGUCAGUGUAUUUCGUCCGCAUUUCUUCGUGAUGGAAAAGCAAGUACUGAUUGUCUUGAUGGUUCAGAUGAAGUCUAUCCGAUAAAAUACUCCAGAUACGUAACUGACUAUCUAUGCACACUUAUAUCAACAUUUCAGUGUGAGGAGCUCAAUGAUCGACGUCCUAUUGUGUUAUUUCCAUGUCGUAUUUAUGGUUUUACCAGUGCUUCGGUUUGGACAGAGUCUACAACAGAAAACACUCAAAUCUGCGCUUAUAAUCGAUAUUAUCAUAUGUUUUUUAAUGAUUUGUCUUCGUUAGAUCAUAUUUCAGACGUGUCCUGUAGACAAGCAAUCUACUGUUCACUUCGUUUUUAUACUAUUCUUGAUUUCGGAUAUGAAGACACAAGCCAUAUUCCUUGCGAAUUUCUUGGUAAUCAUUGUCAAUCGGAAUGGCUUGUAUUACCCAAAUCUCCACUUAUAUAUGGCUUGUUUCAAUUUGUUUAUUUAACAAAUCGAUCAGUCGAUGUAUUUAAGUAUAAUAUCACGCCUGAUUUUAUCUGUUUUAACGCAAGUCGUUGUCCUGCAUUAGUAUAUUGUUCGAUAGAUAUUGGUAUACAUAACGGACUCACAUGCUGUAAAAUGAAUCACCUAAUAAAUAUAACAUUAUUGGUUUGGUUUCAGUUAGACGAGAUUUUAAUGGAUCUCGGUCAACGUUGUUUAACAAUUGGUACAGAUAAAGCAUGUUCACACUCAUCCUUAUUUCAUUGUUCACGUUCAUUAAAAUGCAUUUCAAAACAUCGAUUAGUUGAUGGUUAUAAUGAUUGUUAUUUUAAAGAAGAUGAAUUAUUUCCUGCUUGUCAGUUAAAUGAUUCGAAACGCUUUAUAUGUACUUCUAAUCCGGAAAAAUGUUUAUCGCUAGUUGCUAUUGAAAAUGGAAUAAAGGAUUGCGAAUAUGGAGAUGAUGAAUGGCCAGCAAAUCGACGAGAUAUUCGAAGUAAUACUGUACCUUUCGCAAUAUUUUGUGAUGGAGAAACUGAUUUAUUGUUAAUGGAUACACUCAAUCAUACAGACGAGACUAAUUGUGAAUGGUGGCCAUGUAAUAAUCCAUACUUUCGAUGUGAUAACGCUUGGCAUUGUUUAAAUGGUAUCGAUGAGUUAAAUUGUCCAAAUGCAAAAUGUUCACUGAACGAACAUCUAUGUAUAUAUAAUAACAUUCGCAUUCUCUGUGUGCCAUAUCUCCAUUUAAUGGAUCAAAUUUUCAUAUCUGACAAGGUUGGCCAUCGUCGCGUCUAUUUUCCUAAUACAACAUCUAUUAAUUCAACAAAUAGCUUUUUAUGGAACGAAACAAAAUGUAUUACUUCAGAACACCUAAUCAAUCGUCAAUUGAUCUCAUCAAUAGUUCAUGAUGAUAAUUGCUUUAUACAAACCAAAAUACCUCCGGCGUUUAAAAUUCCCACUUCUCUACAAGUUAAUUUUGGCUUAUGCAAACUCACAGGUCUAACUGAAUUUAAAAGAGAACCAAAACAAUUUCUCCAAACAUUUCGAUUGAACUAUUUUCCAUCCACUUCUAUUAAUUCUUCGGUUCCACAACCACCUCAAGUCGAUGUGAAUAUAAGUACUCCGAUGCAAAAUGUUAAACGAGAUUGGUAUUGUAAUCGAGGAAUUCCUCUUCUAUUCAAAAACAGCCAUACAAAAAAAUGUCUUUGUCCGCCAUCAUAUUUUGGUCAUCGAUGUCAUUUACAAAAUCAACGUAUUAGUUUAACACUUCAAUUGAUAUAUCGUACAAUCGUAGAUAAUAUAAAUUCUUUUCAAUUAGUAAUCAUGCUUAUCGAUGAUCAAAAAACAAUUUAUCCAUAUCAUGAACAAAUUACAUACGUACCUAAACGUGAUUGUCAAAAGAAAUUUAAUAUAUAUUUACUUUAUCCUCAUCGACCGAAAAAUCUUUCCAGUAAUUAUUCAAUACGUAUUGAUAUUUUUAAUAAAAUUACAUUAACAUAUUGGGCAAGUUGGCAUCUAUCAAUUCCUUUUCAGUUUUUACCUGUUAAUCGAAUUGCUGCACAAUUAUUUAUUCCAACUAAUACACAACAACAAUUCGAAUCAUCAUGCAGUUUAUCUUGUGGAAAACAUGGUCGAUGUAUGAAAUAUAUUAAUAAAAAUUCUUCGUAUUUUUGUCAAUGUGAUCAAGGUUAUUCGGGUCGUCAUUGUAAUAUUCAACAUUCUUGUUCUUGUUCAUCAGAUUCAUUUUGUCUUACUUCAUCUAUUUGUCUAUGUUCAAUGAAGAAAUUUGGUCGAAACUGUUCCUUAACACGUUCAGUUUGUCAAUCAUUAAAUAAUUCAUGCGAAAAUAAUGGAUUAUGUAUACCAGUCGAUGAUCGUAUUAACAUUAAUGAUUUUACGUGUUUAUGUAAAGAAAAUUUCUAUGGAAAAAGAUGUGAAAAUCAAAUUGAAGAUGGAAUUUAUAUUGAAUUAAAUGAAGAUAUGAUUCAACAAGUUUCAAUUGUAUUUAUUCAUUUUAUUAAAGCAUUUGAUCAUUCAGAACAUCAACAUAUAACAGAAAUAAAAAAGAUUAAAUAUGGAGAAAAUACAAUACAAAUUCACGUAAAACAACAAUUUCAUAUUCUUUUUAUUGAACUUUUAAAAAGCGAUUAUUAUUUAAUUAUUAAACAAGAAACUAUUCAAAAAUUAAAUCAUAUUCAAAUGAAAUUAUCAUCAAAUCAACAAUGUGUUUCAAUAGAUGAAUUAAUGAAUUCUACUUUAAAAUCUUAUUCUUAUCUUCAUCGUAUUAAAUAUUAUCCACUGUUAUGUCGACAAUAUAAACAAUUAAUGUGUUUUUACGAUGAAACAUAUAUGUGUAUAUGUGAUUUUGAUCGAUUUUCAAAUUGUUUUAUCUUUAAUCAUUCGUUGACUUAUGAUUGUCAAGGUCAUAACUAUUGUGAAAAUAAUGCUCAGUGUUUCCAAGAUAAUCCUAAAUGUCCUGUUGAAUCAUUGUGCAUAUGUUCUGAUUGCUAUUAUGGUCUAAGAUGUCAGUUUACUACAGAAGGUUUUGCUUUAUCACUUGAUUACAUUCUUAGUUAUCAUAUUAAACCCAGUCUUUCGUUUUCUCAACAACCAAUGAUUAUUAAAAUUAGUAUAGGUAUAACAACAAUUAUGUUUAUUUUAGGAUUAAUUAAUGGAAUUUUAUCGGUAUUAACAUUUCAUAUGAAGAAAACAAGAGAUGUAGGUUGUGGUUAUUAUCUGUUAGUAUCAUCUUGGAUAUCGAUAUGUUUAAUAAUUAUGUUAAUCAUUAAAUUUUGGCAAUUAUUGUUAUCGCAAAUGGUAAUUCUUACUAAUCGAUCAUUUAUCAACGUUAAUUGCAUAUUAUUAGAUAUGAUUAUUAAAGUUCUUAUAGCUUUUAAUGAUUGGCUUGAUACAUGUGUUUCUAUUGAACGAGCUAUGAAUGUUAGCAAAGGUGUUCGAUUCAACAAAAAUAAGAGUAAACAAAUGUCGAAAUGGGUUAUAUUAGCUAUUCUAACUGUUACAAUUCUAACACAUCUUCAUGAUCCAAUUCAUCGUCAAUUAAUCGAUGAUAUUGAUGUAGAUGAAAAACGUAUAUGGUGUUUAGUACAAUAUUCUUCUUCUUCAAUUAGUACAUGGAAUUCAUUUAUUACGUUUGUUCAUUUUCUAAUGCCUUUUUUAAUCAAUUUAUUGUGUAUAAUCUUUAUUAUUAUUUCAAUUGCUCGUUCUCGUUCAAAUCUACAAACAAGAUUACCAUUCAUAGAUCAUCUACGAUCACAAUUAAAACAACAAAAAUCGCAUCUAAUUGCAUCAUGUGUAUUCAUAUUCAUAGCAUUAAUACGCUUAUUCCUUUCGUUUACAAGUGGAUGUAUGAAAUCACCAAAUAAUUCUUGGUUAUUUCUUAUUGCUUAUUUUAUAUCAUUUUUACCAUCCAUGAUGACAUUCAUUGUCUAUAUAUUACCAUCAAAAGUUUAUAAAAAAGAAUUUAAUACCGUUGUCAAUCGAACAGUUCAACGAUUUCGUACUGUAGCAUAA